AUGGAUAUAAAGACAUUUGAACAAAGUUCAUUAUAUUGUAAAAUUUGUGGUCAAAAUUUCCAAACUACUAUAAAUUCAUUAAGUAAACCUGUUGAUGUUUAUACUGAUUGGUAUGAUGCAACUGAAGAAGUUAAUAAUGGUGCUGUAAAUAAUAGUGAUGAAGAAGGUGAAGAUUAUGAAACUAAUGAAAAAAGACAAUCUGCUGCUGAUAAUCAAUUCAUAGAUGAUGAUGAAGAAGAAGGUGAUGGUGAUUAUAGUGAAUGA